GUGCUGGUUCUGUUUGGAUCAGCGGUUUAACAAACUGUGGGUGCGCGCGCAGCACACACAUUACGGUAACGACUGUCGGUCCAUUACGGUAAAACGGAGGGAACCGGAAGUGAGUUCAUACAGGAGCGGCGGUGUUUUGAAGAAGUCCACGAUGAAAUGACAGAAAGCGGCGCUCAGCUGUUUGCUCGGCUGGAGGCUCGCCGUUGUCUCAAGGACAUCGAACCUCGUCUGUUUCCUGAAGAUGGAGGACCCAACCACGGUGAAGUGGUGGAGCUUUAUGGAACGGAGGGAACAGGUAAGACGGAGUUGCUCUACCACCUGCUGUGUCGCUGUGUGUUGCCGGUGGCGACCGGAGGUCUGGAGGUUGACGUUGUGUUCGUGGACACCGACUACAGUCUGGACAUGUUACGACUGGUCAGCAUCCUGGACAGCAGGCUGAACGCAGGUCGUCCUACUGGCUCGUCCGCCGCCAGUUCUGAUGAGGCGGCGUUGCGUUCGUGUCUGUCUCGCCUCCUGGUCGUCCAUUGUUCCUCCUCCUCCCAGCUCCUCCUCACCCUUCACUUCCUGGAGACCUCCUUAUCAUCGCGGCCCGGCCUGGCGCUCCUCCUCAUUGACAGCAUCUCUGCUUUCUAUUGGCUUGACCGCUGUGAGGGCGGGGCCAGCAUUGCCAAGCAAGAAGAAAAGCUCAGCAAGUGUGCAGAGCUUCUGGGCCGGCUGCUCAGAGAUUACAGAAUCACCGUCUUCGCCACCUGCCACGCCAUCAGGAGGAGCUACAGUGAACCUUCCUCCGCCUCCACCUCCGAGUGCGACCGGCCAUAUCUCUGUCGCCGCUGGCAACGGCUGGUGAGCCACCGGCUGCUCUGUUCCAAGCAGGAGUCUGCAAACAACAUGGCCGCCUCAGCAGGAGGCAGCAAAGAGCAGAGGAGACAGCAGGUCUUCACCGUCCACUGCACCUCCUCCUCCUCCUCCAGGACGAAGGCUCACAGGAGCAGCUCCUUCUACGUGACAGAUGGAGGUGUGGAGUUUAUUUGAAGUGUGGACCUUUCUUUUUAUGGUCACGUUCUUUAAAUGAAAACUUUCGUUAUAUGUUUUGUCACAGUUUAAUAAAGAUUUGUCAUCAUAAAGUGUCCGUUAAA